AUGCGUCCGACUGCUUUCAUCGUGUGGUUGCUAUACGUUUUAGUCGAAUCGAAAUGGAUUCAUGUAAAGGUAUGCUUUUCAAGGAUACUUGAAUUCUCGACUACCUACGCGGCUGUCCACAAUUUCUUGAAAUCUGCAUGA